AUGGCCAUCUCAACCGAAGUGCCCCAGACCGUGGACUGGAACGGGAAGAAGGUGCCCGUGUACGCCAUGGAGGUCGUCGACUUCUCCAAGCUGCUCUCCCAGGAGCCCACCGAGAUCGAGAAGCUGGUCCGCUGCUGCCAGGACGAGGGGUACUUCUACCUCGACCUGCAGAACAUCGACGGCCGCCGCAUGCUCGAGGACCAGCAGGAGACCCUCAAGCUCAUGUACCGCUUCUUCGACGCGCCCCUUGAGGCCAAGAACGAGUUCGGUCUUGUUGCGCCCCAUCUUGGCUACGAGCCCGUCGGCUCCCGCACCGGCGUCCUCGCCAACACCAAGGACGGGUACGAGAUGAUCAAAGUAUCCCGCGACGAGAUCCAAAAGGACAGCCCGCACCUGCCCGCCGUGCUCAAGACCAGCCCGGACAUGAAAGUCCUCGAGCACGCCAUCGCCGGCGCCAACAUCGCCACCAAGACCAUCCUCUCCGCGCUCUCCACCGGCCUCGGCCUCACCGGCGCCGCGCGCUUCGAGAACACGCACCGCAACGACCGGCCCUCGACGAGCACGCUCGCCAUGAUGCACUACAUCCCCUCGGACCCGACCGCCAAGAACAUCGGGCACCAGAAGCACACGGACAUCAGCUCCCUGACCUUCCUCUUCGCCGAGCAGUGGGGGCUCCAGGUCCGCCCCCCGGGAGCCAAGGAGUUCGGCUUCGUGGAGCCGAGGCCCGGGAUGGCCGUGAUCAACGUCGGCGACUCCCUGCGCUUCGCGAGCGGGCAUACGAUGCAGUCGUGCAUCCACCGCGUCGUCCCGCUCGACCCGACCGAGCACCGCUACAGCAUCGCCUACUUCCUGCGCGCCGAGAACGACACCAUGUUCACCGACAGCGAGGGCCGCUUCGUCACCGCCGGCCAGUGGCACGACGAGAAGUUCUUCGCCUUCACGAGCCCCCCCGAGAUCCAGGCGCUUGCGCCCAGCUCCAUGAUCCUCGGUGGCAUGACUGAAGAAGAAGAAGAAGAGGAGGGCGCUGCUGCGGCUGUGGAGACCAAGGAUGCACCCAGCCCGAUCGUCGGCGCUACGAACCUCAAGGAGUCGGUGCAGGUGUACUAG